CAUGACCGAGCCGCGCAGCAGUGACGUCUCGCUUUUCCCCAAACGAGUCGCCCGCCUGUUUCCAUUCGCCGUCUGGCGCUAUCAGCGACGGGAAGAGAGAGGGCUGAGGACCAGCCCCCUCCCCACCAACGCAGCAACCAACCACCGUUGACAGGUGAUAUAUACCGAGUUGUGAUUUUCCAAAUGCCACCAUGGGCAACUCCUCGAGCCGUAUAACGGCCCAAGACCAAGCCAUCCUCGACCUCAAGACGCAGCGCGACAAGCUGCACCAGUACCAGCGGCGCAUCACCCAUCUCACCGACCGCGAGACCCAGGCGGCCCGCCAGCUGCUCGCGCGGGGCGACAAGCCGCGCGCCCUCCUCGCGCUGCGCCGGAAGAAGUACCAGGAGUCGCUGCUCGCCAAGACGGACGCCCAGCUCGAGCAGCUCGAGAAGCUCACCGCGUCGGUCGAGUUCGCGCUCAUCCAGAAGGACGUCCUGUUCGGCCUGCAGCAGGGCACCAAUGUCCUCAAGGAGAUCCAGGCCGAGAUGGGGGGGAUAGAGAACGUCGAGAAGUUGAUGGGGGAGACGGCCGAGGCGAUCGCUUAUCAACAGGAAGUCAGCGAGAUCAUCGGAGGCAGGAUAUCCGUGCAGGAAGAAGAAGAGGUCGAGGACGAGCUUGCCGCGCUUGAGGCAGAGGUCGCUAAGAAGGAGGCGGCCGUGCAGCGGUUACCAAGUGUUCCUGAUACCCAGUUACCGGUGCAGAAAGUAGCUGAGGAGGAGCGGCACCCCCGGCCGGCGGCGAAGAAAGCGCAGGCGGAGAGGCAGGCUAUGCUGGCUUGAUAGACAGGUGAAGGAGUUCGGGCCACAAUGGUUCAUAUGCAUGUAUGGCGCAAAGGAGUUACUGAUCUCUGUUGAAUGAUGAAUGAGCUUGAAAAGCAACAUUUGUCCAG